UGGAAUUGAAUAUCCAGUUUUGACCAUGACACACCUACAUUGUUCAUAUUCACAUGUGGCUUUGUGAAAAUAUACUGCAAAAGACUGCACCUCGCAAAAUCUUUUGAAUGUUGGAAGGUUAGGGUUGCUUUGAGUUCAGUGAUCACAGUAAGUUCGUUUCUAUUUCAGUAUUUAUAUUUCAAAUCAGAUUGGAGUGUUUUUCGUGGGGAGUUGCAAGAGAGUAAAAUUAUGGUGUUGUCUAACAAAAAGCUCAAAGAAAAACUUAGAGGAGCUCUGGCCGAAGCAGCUUUAUCAAAGAGCAGACAGAAUGAAGAUCCAAAUUCAAGCCUUGUAUAUUUGGAGGAGCUUAAGAGGUCUUCAAGGAAGGGACCGUCCAAGAGGGAAAAGAGAAGACACAGGAAAGAGCUAUUGCACGAAGAAGAGAACCAAGGAGCCCAAACCAGCAAGGUUCAGGCAUCUCAAGACAACGACAGUAAUGGCAAGAAGAAAAAUAAGGGAAAAAAUAAGGGCACUUCAAUAGAAGAUAACAGUGCUGUCGUGGAAGACAGGGACACCCAAAAGAGAAAUAAGGAGAAACAAAGGGGAAAUAACAGCACUCAUUUGGAAACUAAGGACAGUAGCCUGCAAAGUGGCGGCAGUGACAAAAGCAAAAGUAAUAAAAAGAAGAAGAGAAAAAGAGGGGAAGACAAGGAUGCCCAACUCGAGCAAAAUGGUAAAUCAGAUGAGAACAGAGAAAUCCAGAGGACGAGUCAUGGCGAUCACUUAAAAAAUGGGCACGUUGAAGAGAGCAAAAGCAGUAAGAAGAAGAAGAAGAAACAGAAGCAUAAUCAGGACAUACAAAGUGACCCAGGUCCUGAUGACAAGCUAGCUUCAGUAGUAGAAGAACCACCAGAAGAUAUCAUUAUCAAUGCACAAGAAGUCACUGUAACCGAGAGUCAGGAGAGUGAGUAUGACACACUUAAAGUUUAUGUGGGAGGAAUUCCUUACUAUUCAAACGAAGAUGAUAUUCGGAGUUUCUUUGAAGGGUGUGGCACCAUGACAGAAGUGGAUUGUAUGACAUUUCCAGACAGUGGGAAGUUUUGUGGCAUAGCUCUAAUUUCUUUCAAGACUGAAGCUGCUGCAAAACGGGCUUUGGCACUUGAUGGAUCAGACAUGGGUGGACGGUUUUUGAAAAUUAGGCAGUACGAAACUGUCAAGAGUUCUAAGAAUGAUAAGCAUAGUGCCUUUGAACCAACUAAAGUGGACAAUUCAAACAGAGCUUACAUUGGAAAUUUGUCUUGGGAUAUAACAGAAGAUGAUGUAAAAAAUCUCUUCGAAGAUUGUGAAAUAUCUGCCAUACGAUUUGGAAUGGACAAGACAACAGGGGAAUUCAAAGGAUAUGGUCAUGUUGAUUUUGCUGAUGAUGUGUCCUUAGCAAUGGCCUUGAAACUUGAUCAAGAGGUGGUUUGUGGAAGACCCAUUAGAAUUUCUUAUGCUGUGCCAAAAAGAGAUUCAAAACCAGAUGGUAAUGCUAAGUCCACUUCAGAGAAGAAAAAGAGACGGACAUGCCAUAAUUGUGGUGAACCAGGCCAUCUUUCUUCCUCCUGCCCACAGAAGCAGUCCACUGAAAUAGUAGAUGCAAAUGGAGAUAGUUGACAGGCUUAAUACAUUAUUUCAUGGUAGAACAAAGUAUCAAUGUGGUGAUCGAGUGCAGUAAUGCUUCUUGGGCUCUUUAAGAUCCAUUUUUGACCUUUUCAUUUAUGGUGUUGUCUAAUGCAUAUUUUUUUACUGAAAAAUCAUAAUUCAGUAGCUGCUUCACACUUUCAGAAAUUGCCCAUCGAGGAGGAAUUUUAUGUUGGGCUUUUAGGCAUAUCGAUUUUGUUGUGUUGGGUUGACACUUUAAAGCAAAGUUGGCUCACUCAUCAUAAAUUUCAUGCCCAUUUUUUAGUCUUCUUUGUAAGUACAUGCAGUUCUCACAAAGUAUUUGCACAAUGGCCGUAGCAUCCCCUAUUAAAUCCACAAAUAACAGACACAAAAUACUCCAGCAAUAUUUGUACUCAUAUUUUUUUAACUAUUUUUUGCUAACAA